CAGUUCGGCCCUGCCUGGCACAGCAGUGGACGUGGAAUGCCGUCAAUGUAUCAGUCGCUGUCACCGUAAUGGAUCUGUCAACGUAAGAAACCAGACAUUUAUGCUUAGACCGCGGGAUACACUGUGAGUCUAUGAGGGAAGCGUUCGUUCCACCUAACCUGGAUUUCGCCAGUGAAGGAAACAAGUGACUUUUGAUUAGCUCGUAAGAUAUUUUCUCGUUUAUGUUAUAGCUGCGUUCAAAUUAUGCGCAGCAAAGAGAAACACGACUGGUAAAGCUGCUGUACUGUUCUCGCAUUCCCCUGGCUUUGCUCGCACGUCUAUAAUUGCGAUGGCUCCUAUGGGCAUCCGGCUGUCGCCGCUCGGCAUAGCCGUGUUCUGUUUACUCGGGGUCGGUGUGAUUUAUCACCUGUACGCGGGGGUUUUGUCCAGCAGACUCGCCUUUUUCCGCCAGAAGAGGACCGUGGAUCUGAGAGAGCUGCUGGCGCUGUCCAUAGACGCUGCGGUGCAGGGCGGACGGGAGGUGAAGAGGAUCCGGGAGGACAACACACUGGAGGAGAAGUCAAAGGGCAAAACGAAAGAAGGGGCUAGCGAGAAGUACACGCUGGGGGAUCUCAACUCCCACCGCAAGAUGUACUACCUGAUCAAGAACACAUUCCCUAAUAUACAGGUAAACUCAGAAGAGCACGCGAACGCUGAAGGUGAGGCCACAGUGUGGACACGAAUGAUCCCUGAAGAUAUUCUUGCUAAAGUCUCAGGCGGGAAGGAGAUUCCUGCAGAAAAGAUCACAGUCUGGAUUGAUCCACUGGACGCCACUCAGGAAUACACAGAAAAUCUCCUGAAGUAUGUCACAACCAUGGUGUGUGUGGCUGUGGACGGGGAACCUGUUAUAGGUGUGAUCCAUAAACCCUUCACUGGGUACACAGUUUGGGGUUUUGUUGGAGAGGGAUCCAAUGUGGCUCCUCGUGAUUCCUACAACACAAACUCUCCGAAGGUGAUCGUCUCUCGCUCUCACGCGGGCAAAGUGAAGAGCUUCGUUCAGACGGCGUUCGGCAACAAUACAGAAAUCAUACCAGCAGGGGGCGCAGGAUAUAAGGCACUGGCUCUCCUAAACCCCACUGAUGACAAACAAGAGACUGCUGAUAUCUACAUCCACGUCACAUACAUCAAAAAGUGGGAUAUCUGUGCGGGCGACGCCAUCCUGAAGUCUCUCGGUGGUCAGAUGACGACUCUGAAAGGAGAGCAGAUUGAUUACUCUGGGUUAGAAGGAAACAAGGGCGGUCUGUUAGCCAGCAUGAAAGUCGAUCACAAAGCAUUGGUGAAAAGACUUCCACUCUGGGAAGACAACAAACAAUAAUAAAUCACCAAUUCUGUUCAUAACACUCCCAUUUUCUUCGGUACCACAUAUUCGUUUAGAAAUAUGAAGAUCCAACAGAUUGCAAGAGGAAACGACUGAUCCAACAUCGCUGACUCUGGAAUAUGUGUAACAAUACCCAAAACAAGUUUGAGAUGUGUUUUAUAGUAAGGAUGUGUGCCUUUGGUUUGUACAGAUCAUUAAUAAUGCAUUGUGCUACACAUUUAAAGCGACAGUACAUCCAAAUUAAAAUUUACUCACAAUAAAGCUAUCCAAGAUGUA